AUGCCAUCCUUCGACCGCUUUUGGGCCACCUUGAUCCAGGUCUGCAUUGUGUUUGUCUCCUUCUGCCUGUUCGAUUCCACCCAGGGCAUUGUCUUCUUCUCGAUCAAUGUCGUUGGAAUCAUGGCGGCUGCGCCCAUGAGAUUUCUGCAAAGCCAGGUCGACCACUUCCUCGAAUUCUUCAUCCACGCCAUCUACCACUUCUUCCUCAAGCUCCAGUUUCUGCGUCGGUAUUUAGCCGCAACUGGAGUCCAGCAUUGUGACCACAUCAUUUCAGAGGCUGUCCGGUAUCUUUGGAAGAUGGGCGAGGUCAUCCACUUCUAUUUCAUGCUCUUCGCUGUCCUGGCUUUCUCGAUAUUGACCGGCCAGUUCGCAAGAGAGCUCGGUGUCCAAAGUCUUUGGCAGCAGCUCGCUUAUCUCUUCAAGGUUUUGGCGGCUUUCUUCAAGAGAUUGAACGCGAACAUCCGGGAGACCCUCGCACGAGUCGAAGACGAGAAAGAAUUCCUCGAUGUGAUGCCGCUUGGCCCAGGAUUCCCAAGGCGUUUCCGCACAAACACCGAAUUCAAAGAAUGGGUUCGAAAGGCUGGGCCUGACAAAGCUGGCUUAGAUUGUGUGCUCUGUUACAAACAGGUGGUCCAUCACGACACACUGUUAUUCUUGCCUUGCAGCAAGUUCCACUGGUUCCAUUUCCCAUGUGCGGCGAGCUUUGUCGCCAAUUUCAAUCAAUGCCCCAAAUGCCACGAGCCUGUGUCUGUUUCCGACGCGUUCAAGUUCCUUGAUGCUGGGCAGAUCCCGGCUGUCUCAGUCACCAAUCGGUCAAAGAAGAGUGGAUCAAGAACGCCUCAUGCAGACGGGAUCGGGUUGUGCAAGAACAGAGCAAGGCGGAUAGCAGCAGAUGGCCACCAAGGGGAUAGCAAGAGAGAGCACCGGACCGAGUCCACCAAGAAGCACUCCAAAUUAAUCCAGCCAGGGAGGAAAAGGGCAAAGUACAGGAGGACAGGUUUGGUGAAGAGACAACGUCUGGGACACAGCCACAGCCAUCUCCACAACGGGUCAGAUGAUCUCUACAAGAGUGUAGGUCAGUAACGAUACAAAAACGCAGAGAAUGAAUGGUAGUAGCAUGGUUUUUGGAAGGACUGGACGAAAUGGAGCGGAGGUGAGAUCUGCACCCUAAAAAUCAGCAUGUUAAUUCUUUUA